AUGGCUCCGCGUGCUUCGGUCUCGUUCACCUGUACAUUCUGCUACCAGACGUCUGAGGACCCUCAUGUCGUCGGCCACGAGGCACGCCUGGCAUGCUCGGCCUGCCACGCGGCGCUCAUUGACCUCGCCAUCUGCUGGGUCUGCGGGGAGAUCGUCUACCGUGGCGACGACAAGCUGGUGCAUCGUGGCGUACCGUUAUUGGAGCUCUUCGACGAGGGCCACUGUGCUGAUGAGGAAGGGAGCAGUAGCACAAUGCGACGAGUUGCCGGGACGUCUGGCAAGGGGCGUAUGAGGGAGGUUGAAGUGCCGCCGCUCUGUGCUGCUUGUUAUCUGAGUACGGAGGGAGAGGACGUGGUGCAGCAGGGGCUGGCGAGGGUUGAGAGGGCAGACGGUGGUUUGAGCCGGGCGAGAUGGGAUGCUGGCGAGGGCAGGGCAGGACGCCUGAGAAGGGCCCCAGCGUCCAUUCGAACGCUGAGCCGAGACUCGUCUUCUCUCCGUCGAGCGGGAGACGGAUCGCACGACCAGGCUAGGGAGUACCCGGCAACACCACCUGUAGAGUCCACGAUAUACGUCUCCAUCAACGAUCCCAUAGGCCAACCUACCUUCCGACCGAGUCCGACGAAGCCCAUACCGAUAUGGAUGCAGCCCUUCCCCAGGACUGCACAACUGGAAGAGAAAUGGCAGAGAGCUAACAUCCCCCGUCGGCAUUUGGCGGAGCUCGCGCAGACACUGGCCACAUCAACAUCAGAAACUUCAAAAUUGGAGUCAGCGGCGUCACCUGGUUUGACCAAACGACCUGGUACAGUUGUCAGUCCUGCAUCACCUCUGCGAACCCCGCCAGGGUCCUCUUCGGUCUGGACGCCUCACGAGAUUAGACGCGCGCCGCCCCUCUCCUGGGUGAGCAACGAACCCCUCAAACGCCCUUCGUCGCGCAUAGCGUCCCGUCUAGAGCGUCUCGAGAAGUCGGGCACGACGACGUCGUCGGGAUAUGUCACGCCACCGGAAACGCCCUCGGAGCAGAUAAGGCGGUACAAGACCCCGCCACCGCAGCUUCGCCGCAUCACACGGCGCAGCGUCGUCCGGCGAACACCUCCGCCCCAGUCAUCUGAGUAUCUGGAGCUGUACAAUCCGAUCCGGUCGCCGUCCCCGCGGCUACGGACCACACAGCCUGCCGUGGUUGCUCCUAGACGAGCAAGCCGUGAAGCUGGUCUGGAAUUGUCACGGGAGAUGGCGAGCAUGAUGAGCGAAAGCAUCAGUAACCACGGACAGAACCACGGUACGGACAGAAUACUCUUUAACGGAGCGGAUUCGCCCCAGGAGUUGGGCAAAAAGAAGAACAUGCAAGCUCUUCGAAAGUUGUUCGGCGGGAAGUGA